CCCGACCCAACCCGGGCCGGUCUGGAAAUCCGUUGCACUUGGUGGGCUGCCGCCGAGAUCCGAAGAAGCAGAGCCGCCUCGACGCUGCAGCCCGCAGGCGUGCGUGUCCCCUCCCUCUACCCUGCCUCCGUUCAACCCAUGGCGCCGCCGUCGCCGCUCGCCGCCGUCGUCCGCCUCGCCGCGGCCUCCCGCGCGCUGGUCCUGGCCCUCUCCCUGCUCGCCCGCCUCCUCUUCCGCCCCUACGACACCUCCGCGUCGCUGCAUCCGCCCUGCCUCUCCUCUUCCCCCUCCUUCCCGGAUCCCACCACCGUCUCCGCCGCCGUCUCGUCGCUGGCCGUGUGGGACGGCGUCCAUUUCGCUCGUGCCGCCGAGUGCGGCUACGAGUACGAGCAGUCCUUCGCUUUCCUCCCGCUCCUCCCCGCCUCCCUCGCGCUCCUCGCCCGAUCCCUGUUCGCUCCGCUGGUGCCGGUGCUGGGGUACAGGGCCGUGCUCGUGAUCUCCGGCUAUGUUCUCAACAACGUCGCCUUCGUCGCUGCCGCGGCCUACUUCUAUAGAUUGUCUGUGUUGAUCUUGAAGGACCAAAAAACAGCUUACCGAGCAUCUGUUCUUUUUUGCUUCAACCCUGCUUCUGUGUUCUACUCCUCACUGUAUUCAGAAAGUCUUUAUGCACUGUUUUCGCUUGGAGGACUGUUCAACCUGUUUACCGGUGCUAAUACCAUUGCAAUGAUAAUGCUCGCUCUAUCUGGUUCAGCUAGGUCAAAUGGAGCACUUAAUGCUGGUUAUUUCUGUUUUCAGGCCUUGCUACAAGCAUAUGUUGCUGUUCUCCGAAAGAAAAGGCCCUUGUUGGCGGUGCAGGCCCUUAUGACUGCAGCUUUGCGUUCCAUUUUUAUAUUUCUACCAUUCUUUGCUUUCCAAGCAUAUGGAUAUUUAAACAUAUGUGUACACGGGAGCUUGGAUGAGCUGAGGCCAUGGUGCAAAGCAAAAGUUCCCCUUUUGUAUGGUUUCAUUCAAAGCCACUACUGGGGAGUUGGUUUCUUGAGAUACUUCCAAGUGAAGCAGCUACCGAACUUUCUUUUGGCUUCACCAGUACUGUCCCUUGCAGUUUAUUCAAUUGUUCAUUACACAAAAAUGCUUCAUCAACUUUUCCAAACAUCUAGCAUACACAAUCAGAUUAUCGCCCCUCUCGAGGAAAGGUCAGUUGAGUCAUAUAGAAGAUCAGAUGCUGCGACAGUGUUGAGGAGUGAACUGUCUGCUGGACUCGCUGACAAAACUCAAGGAAACUGUGAGGUUAAACAGAGAAAAUCAGUUGCCACCGAGCCAGCUUCUGCAUCUUUAAAUAACACCACGUCAGCUAGCCGAAAUUGCAAAGAGAAUCAGGAUGAAUGCUCCAUAUUACUUCUUCCAUUCGUUCUGCAUCUGGCCUUCAUGAUAUUCACAGCUCUCUUUGUGAUGCACGUCCAGGUGUCAACACGGUUUCUGUCCGCUAGUCCUCCGAUAUACUGGGCUGCUGCUCACAUUUUGGCUACCCCAAGCUACCCCUCUAAAAGAUGGAGCUACUUGAUCUGUGUUUAUUUCGUUGCUUACAUUCUUCUUGGUAGUCUGCUCUUCUCCAACUUCUACCCUUUCACGUAAGAACUGCGGGGAAGAUGGGUUGCAAUAUACAACAGUCCAGAACAGCAGCGUUGUAGUGGCUAGCUAGAGUGCUCACCUGUUUAUCGCCAAUUGGAUGAACUGAACCCGUUACACCUGAAGAUUUCCGUGGGCAUGCACUGUCUCGAUGCAGCUGAUGUAUUCUUGAUUUUAUUUGUUUGAACUAGCUCGAGCAGUUAUCUGGAAUGAAACUACAAAGGUUACCAA